AUGGGAAAAAAUAAACAAAAAGAAAGUCAGGAGGUUGCAGUUGACUAUCACAAUGAUAAUACCAAUGAAAGUGAUGGCAAUAGUGAUAAUAAUCAAAGUCAAAAUGACAACAAUAAUAGUGAUAAAAAUAAUGGUGAUUUAAAUACUAGUACAAGUGGCAUUUCUACUUUUCCUUUGAACCAUGAUAAUGUCAAUGAAAGUGAUGGCAAUAGUGAUAGUAAUCCAAAUCAAAAUGAUAGCAAUAAUAGUGAUAAUAAUAAUGGCGGUUUAUAUACCAGCACAAGUGGCAUUUCCACUUUUCCUUUGAACCAUAGUAAUAUUGUUACUACCAAUAUUUUUUUUAAUAAUAAUAAAGGUGAUAUUGAUAAUGAUAAUGAUAAUGAUAAUAAUUAUAAUUAUAAUAAUAGUAAUAAUAAUAAUAAUAAUAAUAAUAAUAAUAAUAAUAAUAGUUUAGAAAUAUCAUUAAAUGAUAACUAUAUUGAAACUUUUAAUAAUAAUAAUAAUAAUAAUAGUUAUAAUUAUUACAGCCAACAAUUCAACGGUUUCCCAGAAAUUGGGGUUGUUGUUGGCGGUUAUGGUGAAAAUAAAAGACAAGAAAUGUUUUCAGAAAUUGGUCCAGUUGGACAGUAUCUUUAUGAUGAAAAGACAAAAUUGGCACAUUUUGAAUUCCAAAAGGAUGCUGAAAGAGCUUUUAAAGAUUAUAGUAUGGGGGAGGGCAGAUCUUUAAGAGAAAACUAUGCUAUAUCAGUAGGUCAAAAUAAUAAUGGUGGUUUAAAUACUAGUACAAGUGGCAUUUCUUCUUUUCCUUUGAGCUAUGAUAUUAUCAAUGAAAGUAAUGGCAAUAGUGGUAUUUAUCAAAAUCAAAAUGACAGCAAUAAUAGUGAUGGUAAUAAUGGUGGUUUAUAUACUAGUACAAGUGGCUUUUCCACUUUUCCUUUGAACCAUAGUAAUAUUGUUAAUCCCAAUAUUUUUUUAAAUAAUAAUAAUAAAGGUGAUAAAAAUAAAAAUAAUAAAAAUAAUAAUAAUAAUAAUUAUAAUAAUAAUAAUAAUAAUAAUAAUAAUAAAAUUUAUAAUGAUAAUGGUGUUAAUUAUGAGAAUAUUAAAAAUAAAGAUAAUGGUCCAGAAAAAAUCAGAGAAAGUUAUGGUGAUUGGGACUUCCUAACAGGUAGUAGUCAAGCCAAACAAAAACAAGGGGAUGCAAUAGCAUCAAAUGAAAAACUAUAUACAAAUGAUCAAGCUACAACAAACACUAUUUUUCAAUUGGAGAUGCUAAAUGAUGCCACUUAUUUCUUUGAAAAACCACAUAUUAUUAUAAGUGAACACCAGGCUGAAAACAAAACGGAGGCUAUAAAAUCGCAAUUGGCAAAAUAUGGCAAAAAAUUUAAAUCAUUAUUUCCUGGCCAGCCAAGUGUUUUAUAUUUAGGUCCCGUUAAUGACACAUGGAUUUUAAAUAGUACCAAAAUGCAGGUACCACCAAAGCUUGAUAUUAAAACCGAUCCACAUAGAGGUCUUUGGUUUUUAAUUGGUAGAGCAUCAACAAUUACUUGUUUUCGUGAUGAUGUUAAUGAAGUUCUUUUAUCAAUGGUAAACUCUUUAAUUACGAGUGGAAUUCCACUUUGGGAUGAAAAUAUCAAGGUUAAUGAGGUAAAGAAUUUAACCAUUAAAUUAAAUGAAAAAGUAUUAAUUUGUGACAAAGUUUUAAAACAAAGUAUUUCAAAAAUUAAAGAUCAUCAUUUUUUCAUCCAAUUGUUCCAACUUGGAUCAAGUAAUAAUGAUUUAAUUAGUGAUGCUAAAAAGUAUUCAUUGACUAAUAUUCACAAAGAUUUUAGACUUUUUUUAAUAUUCACUUCAUUACACCCAAAAAUGGAAGAUUUAUCAGUAUCCCAGUUAAAUUUACCCCAGAUAAAUAUACCCAAACAACUUGAUGAUUUUGUAGAAUUGUUCAAAGAGUGCGAAAGACAGCAAAAUUUCUUCUCAAAUGGCAAGAGUAGGGAUAAUUAUCCAAAGUAUUACGAACUUGGUGUUUUUUUAAUCAGUCAAUAUCAAGAAAAUUUAUUUAAGAAAUUUCUCUUAAAAAAUGAAACAGGUUUAUUUAAUUUUUUGGUUGCAAAAAAAUUAGUAGAACCAAUAGUUAAAGAUAUGCAACCUUCUCAUUAUAGUGCCAAUGUUUUAAUAUACCUUUCAUCAGUAAAUAUCGGAGAGAGUAUUGAUUGGAUAGAAGAUUUUACAGAAUUAAUGGGUUCAAGGGAUACUAUUAAAAACAAAUUAAUUGAAAAGUCUGAAGAAAUUGCAUUAAAUGAUGUAUAUUUUGAAAAGUCAAGUAAAAUAUACUCCGCAAUAUCAAAAUCUCUCGAAACAUAUUUCGAAACGGUGAUUACACCCGCCAAAGAAUUAAAUGAUUCAUACAUGAUGAGUAAAAGUGAAAUAGAUAAACUUAAAAAAUUGGAUGAUUUCAUCUCAGAGACAUUCGAAAUAAAGAAAUAUGGUCCCCCAAAUUUAAAUCAAACAAAGAUUUCUUUAAAAACUCAAUUGGCAAAUUUAGAGGACGAUAUCAAAAAGGUUAAAGUAAAUGGGUACAUCGACACUUUAAAUGAUAGCUCAAUAGCAAUAUUGAAAUAUUUUGUAAUCAAAGACUCUCAGUUUUUCAAAAUUGUUUUCAACCACUAUAAAGAUAGUAGCAGUUCAUUAAAUGAAAUCUGUAGUAUUACCCAACGGUUUUUAACUAGCUUAUCAAAGAUGAACAAAGACUUAAAUUUAAAUUGUGAGAUUUUUAAACAACUUUCAAAAAAUACAAUUAACUUAAAAAAAGAAAUAGAUAUACUUUGUGAUUAUUAUAGAGUAGGUCAGUUAAAGGUAGAUGACUUUAAAAAGUAUAUCGAAGAAGUCAUUUCUCUAUUCAGUAUUCAGAGCAACUAUCAUUCAAUUUUAAACUUCUUUGAAAAGAACCAUUUUAUUAGAAUUAAUGAUUUAAAGAAAUCUCAAACCGAAAUAGACCAACUUUUAAACCCAAUUAAAUCAAACGAAAUCAAUUAUAAUACAUCAAUUUCAACAAAGAGUAAAAUAGAGCAAAUGAUUGGGAACCUUACAUACCAUCAUAUUCCAUUCUUUUCAAACAUUGAAAGAGAAUUGAUAGAGUUUUUUGCAGGCUUCAAAGAUGAAAAACACUUUUAUGAAAGAACAACAAUUAUAUCUACCAACUGUAUUGAAACUCUAAGUUCAAGUCUAAUGGAUUAUGCAUUAAAAUUGGCACCAGUUUUAAACCCAAUUGUUUUGGAUUACAAAAGAUCUAACAAUGACCACACUUCACAUUCUUUAGCUGAGUAUUGUUCAAAAAUGCGAGCUUUAUUACCAAAUUCUCAAAAAGAUAGUGACAAUCUUUUAAUUAAAAUGAAGUCACUUCAAGAAAAUAUCCCACAUCUAAAGUCAUUAUACAGUGGUGCAGGUAGUGUUAUUACUCUUCCAAGAUUAUCAGAUAUACUCCGUAACUCUACUUUUGUAUCCACUAUGGAAAAUGGUAACCAUACAUGGUCUGUAAAAGUUGAAAAGUUUGAAUAUAACCAAGAUAUUUUAGAAGAGACUAUUUGUGGUUUAAGAUUAAAUUCUGGUGAAAUCAAAGAACCAACACAACAGCAAACUUUUAAAGAUUAUCAAUUGUUACACUCGCUAUUAAAAUCAAUACAUAAGAGCCACAUAGAAUUAGUCAAAAUGUUCCACCAUGAUUUUUUAAAUGGAGUAUUAGAAAUCAAAAUCAAUCAAUCACUAAAUGAUGUUCAACUAAAAAAUGAUGAGUUAAAAUCAAAAAUUGAAGAGUGGAAAGAGUUAAUAAAUUCGCUUUCAAAUAGAAUUAGACUAUUAAGAAAUCAACGUAUAUCAUCAUUGUUUACAUCUAUUAUACAUUUCUUAAAUAAUAAUAAUAAUGGCAAUGGUAAUAAAGACCAGUCUACAAAAUUAACAAAUAUUUUAUACCACUAUAUUAAGUUUUGUUACUCAAAAUCAAAAAAAGUUUCAAUAUCAUCCAUUAAGCAAAUAAUAGAACUUGAUUUUGGAGAGGAAGACUUGGUUGGAAGAAUUAUUAAAGAUGGUGGUGGUUUAAAUACUUUAUCGGUAAGAAAUUUUAUUUCUACACUCUUCAAAUCAUUUGAUGAACAUUACUCUGAUGAUGAUAUUAAUACAUUUGAUAAAUCAACUUAUGGACCAAAAUACCUUCAACUCGAUAGCAAUCAGUGCGAGUUUUUAGAUCUUUAUUUAGCUGAAUUUAAUACAUCAGUUCUACCUCACCCAAAUCAAAUAUUUUAUGGUCAAAACUUUUUUAAUGAAAGUGAAGAUUUCUUUUAUCUUAUAGAAAAUGUCAAAGAUCGUCCAUUCUUUUUAAUCGGUUUGCCAAAUAAAAAAGAGGAUUUGUUACGUUGGUUAUCUGAUCAUUAUUCUAAUGACACUUUAAAACAACUUUCAAGAGUCUAUAUUAUAUCACUAGAAUCAUCAAAUUCUGACACAAUUGGAGAUUUCCUAGAAAAACACGAAGAAGAACUUACUGUUAAAUGGAGUGACUUCAAUUUAUUAUAUAGGACAAACUUAUUAAAUGGUGAGCAUUCAACUGGCAAAACAUUGUAUAUAGAUAUCCAAAAGAAGAAUUUUGUUAAUAAUUACACAUUAUUAAUUCGUCCAUCAACAGACUAUUUAAGACUUUUUAAAUACUUAAAAGGUGUUAUAAACAGCAGCCUUAACAAAGCCGAUGUUUUACUUCAUAUCAACUUAUCACCAUACACAAAUUAUUUAGAUUUCUAUUCUUUUGUAUAUCCAUUAAUCACAUAUGGAUUUGUUUAUAAUCAAGAAACUGGUGAUGUUUUAGAUAUUUCUGAAUCAAUCAAUCUUUCAAUUUAUGUAGAAAUCGGAUCACCAUUAAAAGUACCAAUAUACGGAUCACCAAAAACAUAUCUUUCAAUAUUAUAUAAUAAAUCAUCAAUAAUAAACUAUUCAAUUCCAUGGUCCUUCGAUCAAGAAGAGUUUUUAUGCUUAACAUAUUCUCAAAUUGGUGCAGAAUUCCCAGUUAAAGCACCUCAACUUAAUACAACUAUUCCUAAUGAUCAGUUAUCUACAUUUUUUAACCAUAUUCAAUCAGUUGUUGGUCCAAAUGUAUCCAUUGAAUAUCUUAAAAAUCCAAAAUGUAGAAAAUAUUUAAAGAACUUUAUAUUAUUAUUAAAUGAACGUUUAUUGUAUCUUCAAGAGUAUUUCAGAUUUUACAUUGAGUUAAAAAAACAACUAUCUAUGGUUCUUUUAAAAAAAAAUGUCAAUCAAGGAGUGGUUAUUACACCAAAAGAACUUUAUCACUAUUUCGUUACAGAGUCAGUUCAUUUAGCAAACCCAACACUAUGUAGUACUAAAGAAAUUUGGAACAACCCACCACUUAUUAUUUCAAGAUCUCUUGAAAUGUUUCCAGAUGAAAGGGGUAUAAUGAAAUCCAUUUUAUAUUUUAGUUUUAUAGAUUUUAGAAAAGAGAAUGUAUUGACAUUAGACCAAGUUAAUAAUUUAUUCACCCUUCAAAAUGCAUUUAGUGAAAAGGGUAAAUUCUUUGCAGCUAUCGCCCACCACUUUGGAAUAACUGAUCGUUCAUAUUUAAUUUCAGAUCUUUCAAAUCAAUACAACUAUGUCUUAACAUUAGAUUUCUCACUUCGUCUUUUAAUACUUCAUGAAAAAAUUAAAAAUCAAAAAUCCUUAAUUUUAACUGGUGAUACUGGUGUUGGUAAAACAUAUAUUUUAUUAUUUUAUUCUGCAAUUAUAAAUGCAAGAUAUAAUAUAUUACCAGAGAUCAUGUUCGAAUUAAAAGGUUUUUUCAACCAACAAAUGAAAAAUGAAAAAAAUAAAAAUGAAUUCAUAUCAACAAAAAUCGAGUCGGAAGUAGGUGAUUUUAUUACAGUAUCCAAUAAGAUUAUUAAUAUCAACAAUGAAUCAGCAAUCAAUUUAUUCAAAGAAUUAACAGUUUUUUCAAGAAAUAUAUUAAAAAAUAAUCUUAUACACAAAAAUUCAUCACUGGAAUGGGUACUCAAUAAUGAAAUUGAUUCAAAAGAAAGAACCGAAACUGUAUUAAGAGAUUUAUGCUCAAUUAAAUUCUGUUGCCUUUUCGAAAGAAUUAUAAUGCAUGCAAAAUAUGAUGCAUCAGAGUUAAAAGAAAAAAUUAGAACUCUAGAAAAGAUGGCACAAAGCUUAUAUAAAAUUAAUACUUCACUAAGAAUGGUUGUAUUUAUUGAUGAAUUCAAUACAAGUCCAGAUGACUCAUUAGCUCUAAUCAACGAAUUGUUCAUCGAUGGAACCUUGGAUGGUGAGAAACUAUCGGUCGAUAAUAUUACAUGGAUUGGUGCAAUGAACCCAAAUAUCAAAAAAGAAACUCUAAACAGUUCAAAUUCGAUUAACUACACUGGUCAAGAGACAGAAUCAUCAAAACAAGAGUUUAUUGUAAAAGAUGCCACUCAAUCGAUGGAACAAUUGUUUUUUGAUUUUGGUGAAUUUACUCCAGAGAGUGAAAAAACAUUUGUUCAAGCAAUGUUUAAUAAAAUUACAAAAGAUAAGAAAAUAUCACCAGGAAGUGCAAGACAUCUUCAAGAGUGUAUUCUUAUUGGUCAAAACUUUUUAAGAGAAGCUAACCAAGAAAGAACCCAUGUAUCAAUUCGUGAUAUUGACAGAGCUGUUGAUCUUUACCAUUUCUUUACACACGACCAAUGUGGCAUUUCAAUUAUUAACUGUGGUUCAAGACUCGGAUAUGAUGACACAGAGUUUCACUGGCAUGCAAUUGUUGUUACUAUGUAUUUAACCUACAUUCUAAGACUAAGUCCAAAUGGUCAAAAGAAUAAAAGAGAAGAUUUAAUUAAAUUAUUUGACGAAUAUUUACAUUCAAGAGAAGACCCAGCCAAUCUUUCAAUUAAAAAUUUCCAAAUGAUUUUUAAAUCAAAAUAUGAACACCUUUCUCGUAACUACACACGUUUACCAGAGGGUAUUGCACUUACACAAUCAUUAAUGUUAAAUAUAUUUUGUACAUUAGUAGCAAUCAAUACAUCAAUUCCACUUUGUAUCGUAGGGCCACCAGGUUGUUCCAAAACACUCUCAUUUUCAAUUAUUGUGGAUAGUAUAAAAGCUCCUAAGAACCAACUAGAUACCCUUAGUCCAUAUAACUAUAUUCCAUCAUCUGAAGCAUUCCGUUAUCAAUGUACUCCACAUACAACUGAUAUAGAAAUCAAAUCUAGAUUCGAAAAAGCUAUUCAAAGAGAAAUGGAAUUGAAAUCUGAUAAAAAUAAACACAAAUGUAUUGUUUUUAUCGAUGAAGCAGGUUUAGUAAACGAAGAAGAAUCACCAAUGAAAGUAUUACAUGAUUAUUUAGAUCGUCUGAGUAAUAAACUUGGUGAAUCAAGUGAUAAUAUUGGUACAAUAAUUUUAUCCAAUAAGAUUUUAGAUGCGGCCAAAACAAAUCGUAUGAUGGUUUUAUUCCAUCCAGAAUUUCUUUCAGAAGAUGAUGAAAAAGCUUUGGUAAUUGGUUGUUUGUUUAAUAAUAAACCAUAUUUAGAAAAUAGAGAAGUUAAAAUAUGUGAAUCUCUUUGUAUUUCUUAUAAGAGUGUUAACAAAUUCUCAAAAUCUACAAAAGAAAAUUUAUUCCAUCAACGUGAUUUCGUUUAUUUCCUCCGUUUCCUCAGACUUCAAUGGUUAAAGAACAAGAAAGAUUUAAGUGAAGCAUUAUUAGAAUCUUUAGAAAGAAACUUUAAAGGUAUCCCACAAAAAGAAUUUGAAGGUUUAGCAAGAAUGUUUUAUCAAGAAUUAGAAAAACACAAAAUUAAAUUAAAUAUUCCAGAAUCAAUUAAUUUUGACAAUACAAUUAACAAUAUUAAAUCUGCACUAAAUGAAAUAACAGAUACCAAUCAAAAUCCAAACACAUUUGCAUUCAGAUAUAUUAUGGUUAUUGACCAAUCCGAAAACGAAUCAUCACUUCAAAUAUUAAAUGAAAUUUGUAAAAACAAUGACAAACCUCCAGUUUUAAUUAGAGUUGGUGGCUUUGAAAGAGAUUCAUCAGAAGAACUAUUGGUAGAAUGUGUCAGCAAAAUCAAAGCUUCAAUGGCCAAUGGUGAUACAGUUAUUCUUGUUAAUAGUGAAAAGAUAGAUUCAUGCUUUUAUGAAGUAUUCAACCGAUAUUUUAUUACAAUGCAUUCAAAUGAUAAUAAAGAUGGUAAAGAUUUUAUGUCAAAUAUUUCAUUCGGAACUCAUUCAAGCUACUGUAAAGUUCACCCCGAUUUCAAGAUUAUUAUCCACAUGCCUCUUUCUAGAUUAAAAAACACUCAACUUCCAUGGUUAAACAGAUUUGAAAAAUAUAGUCUUUCAAUUGAUUUACUCACCAAAGAAAUUGUAAACAAGAAUGAUACGAAAUUACAUCAAUUUGAAAAACUAUCUCGUUGUGCAGAUCAUUUUAUUUCAACACUUCAAUACUCGUGUUCAAACAGUUCAUUAUUAGCUGGUUUUUCAACCGAAACCAAAUCUUCAUUACUCUAUAAAUUUUUCAAGACAAAUGACGAAGAAAUAUUUGUUGAUGAAGCUGAAAAUCAAAGAAUCGAUUUUUAUAAAUCAGAUAAUGCACUAGAAGAUCAAACAAAAAUCAAUUUUAAACUUUUACAGAUUGCUAGACCAGAAUCAAUUAUUAAAUAUAUUGAAUCAUUCCCAAUCAACUAUAUUGAAGAAUACUUUUUACAUCAAGAACAUUUAAGUAUUGUAAGAUUUUUAAGAAAUCUUUUUGAAUCAAAAUAUAAACAUAACGAAGCAGUUUCAAAUAAAUGGACAAUCUUUACAAGAUCAUCAUUACCUUUAUCAUCCCUCAAAGAUUUAGAAAUUAAUAGAAUUCUAUCACAAUCUUUAUCCGAAGAUAUUCUUCCAGAAAAUUCAAUUAAAGUAUUACAACUAAACUUUAUUAGAUCAAGUAUCGAUUGCGAAACCAUCAUUAAAGCAUUCCAAGAAUCUGAUGAACAGGUCUUAAUUGUUGUUGCUGAUAUGGUUUCUUGUAAUCAGAAUCAAAUCACAUAUAUAUUUGAACUUCUUUCAGAAUUAGAAAAAUCAAAAUUCCUUAUUACAAUUUAUCACUAUCCAUCAGAAUAUUCGAUUUCAAAUCAAAUCAAAUUGAACUCAAUUUUCCUUAGUGAAAUGGAGUUCAUUUAUAUUGACUCAUUAGGAAUAACUUUUGAAAAAGAAAACAAUGGAAGUGUUAUCGAAAGUGACAUUAGAGAUUUAAUAUCAAGAUCAUGUGGUAUUAAAAACGCCCAAGUUAAUAACAAAUCAAUUGAAGAAAUUGUAAAAGAUAUGUUUUUCGAACAAUUAAAAUCAAUUUCACAAGAAUUAAUUCCACCGGUCCCACUUAUGACGUUUAUGAGGGGAGGCAAUAAAAUACAUCCAUUUUAUACCUCUUCAAAUGAAAGAUAUAAAAUAUUAUAUCAAUUAUUUAAAAACAACACUGACUGGUAUGAAUCAUUUGUUUCAAACUUUACUUCUCAUUGGUUAGAAAAUAACCUUUUCGAAAAAAUUUUAUCAAAUAUUGCAGAUUUAAUUAUUUGUGGUAAAGGAUCUCACUCUAUUCUCGAAACUAUUAAAAGCUCAAUGGUUAAUUACAUCUACCCAACAAUAUCGAAUAUUGUCAAAAUUCUUUCAAACUUCUAUUCAAUCACCUCAGUUAUUGAAAUAGAUAAAAAGGUAAACGGUACAUCUGAGUUAGAUGAAUCAGAAUUGGAACUAUAUAAAUUAAAGAAACUAUUGAUCAAAGAAAUGAUUGAAUCAUCCAAACAACCAUAUUUUUCAGAAAUUCAAAUCGAUAGAAGAUUAGAACCAGUCACCUUAAAACCACCAAAAGUAACUCAACAGUCCUUAAUUCCUUUAUAUGACCACUUUGAUAUUCAAUUCUCAUACUUUUUUAAUAAUGUUGUAAACCAAGCAAAAACAAAAUCAGAAAAUGAUAUCUCUAUCUUAAUAAAAAAUAUAUUGGUAGACCAUCCAUUAGAACAUUAUAUACAAGAAAUAUCAAAAUCAAAAAAAUUAUUUGAAAUGUUCCAGAAAGAUUUCGUUAUUAGAUCACUGGGUAUUAGAGAAGACUUAAUAGAAAUGUUUGUUUCAAUUUUGGAUAUUCUUUUACCAUGGGAAAUAGAUAAUGAGAAAAUACAAGAAAAAAAUACGAAAAAAAUCAUUCAAUACUGGAUCAUCAAACAUUUUAAAUCAAAUAUAUUUUUAUUUUUAAAGAAUAUAAUCAAUCCUAUUCUAAACCUUCCAAAUAAAGAAAAAGCAAUUAAAAAACUUUUCAAAGCAAUUAACGAUCCAUCAAGUGGAAUUUCAGAAGGAAAUGUUGUAAAGUUAAAGAAAAAUUUUAUUAAAAUGACCAUUGAUAUUCUACUCAACCAAAUAGAUGAAGUUGUUAAAAACUAUACAGAAGGUGAUGAAGAUAUAACUACAUGGUUUAAAGUUGUUAAAGAUCUUUUCAAUAGAACUAAAGUAGAAGAAAUGAUUGAGUCAAUAAAACAAUACAUUCAAUAUACCUCCAACUAUAAUCAAUUAGAAAACAACGACUGUUUAAAUGUUGUUUAUCUUCACAAUUGUUACCAAAUUAUCUUAGAAAUCUUAGUAUUGGGUGAUAGAAUUUCAAAGGAAAUGACUACAACAAUCUUAACAGGAUAUUUAAAAAAAUUCAAUACCUUUGAUAUUGGUGAUAUUGUAGAUACCUUUAAUAAUAUAUCUGAUAGAUUCAAUGACCAACCAAAACUUACAAGCUCAUUAGAAAUUAUUAGGCCAUUGAUUUCUUUAAAUAUCGAUAAUUUAAAACAAUUUUUAACAUUAGUUGAUGAAGGAAAAUUACCAUUAGGUUGGAGUGCAGUUAUUUUAAAAGAUCUUUUUAAGAAUAGACAAUAUAGAACAUUUUUAGAAAAAGAAUUUAAUUCAUCCUAUGAAGUUUCAUAUGUAACAUCUGGACCAAUUCCAUCGAUUACAGAUAUUAAAGAUAACAUCUCAUCUAUUAUACCACUAAAUUACAAUAUAAAUACUCAAACAAUCAAAGACUUACCAUCAAAUAAAAAAGUUAUCGAUAUUCUUUUCAAUAUUUAUCUUGAAGAAUUCUACAAUCAAUCUAGUCAAGUCGAAAAACACUUUUCAAAAAUUCUAGUACUUCAAGAAACUGAAAUUUUAAAAGCAGAGGAUCAAAAAGAUAAAAUCAAAUUUACUACUAUUGACAAAAUUAAACUUUCUUCAUACUCUUGUUUGUUUUUAAAUUAUUUAUCGGAACAAUUUAAACAAAAUAUCGAUGAUUUGGAAUCCAAAAUUUUAAAUCUAAUAGAAGGAAAAGAGAUUCAAAAAAUAUUGAAUUCAAUUUUAAACAACAAGGUAAAACCAAUUCAAUCAAUUUUAUAUCAAGUUUAUUUAUUCAGUAGAAUCGUAAAUGAACAAUGCCUGUUAAAACUAUUAGGCUCCCCAGAGAUACUAAAGUGCUUAGGUCUUUCAAAUUAUCACAACUCCUUUGUUUUACCACCCACAAACAAAGAUGAAUACUAUAAUCUACCAUUUGAAUAUGAUGUAUCUUUAGAAGAAUUUCAAACAUUUACAACAAUUUAUAAUUUGCUAAUUAACAAAGAUAUCACACAACUAAAGAAGGUUAUAAUGGAUGAAAAACAUAACAACUCCAAAUCAAAAGGUUUAAUAAGAAUGAUUUUAUUUGUUUUAUCAUAUAGAUUCUAUAUAAGCAAGCAAAAUGAACAGACAAAACUAUUACUUUUAACCAUUCAAGAUGAUACACUUGUAGAAAGAAUUUCACUCGCUCCAUAUAUUGAUAGCUACCUUAAAAUAUUAAAUACAACAUUUAAUGAUCAAUACCAUAUUGAUAGAAUUUUAAAGAAUCCAGUCAAAGAUCAACUCUCUACUAGUGUUACAAUUAUAAACUAUAUUGCCCUCUCAAUUGGAACAGAUCAAAGCCAUCUUUCAUUGUUUUUGCGUUCAAAACAAACAAGCGAUGCAAUUGAUCCCUUGUUGGUAAAUAUUGGUAUACGCAAAAUAUUCCCCCCUGGACCCGCACUCAUUGAUUGCAAUGUUAAAAGCAUUGCUGGUGUUACAAGAAAGUUAGAUUUCCAUUUAUUGGUAUCCUCAACAUGGUGUGUGAUUGCAUAUGCAUGCUCUUUAAGAAAUUUAGAACAUUCUUAUUUCAACAAUCUUCAUUUUAUCAACUAUCCACAGGAUGCAGAAAACUCCUCUGACUAUACAUUUGCAAGAGGUUAUAACUCUAUUCUCGAUAUAGAAACUGAUAAAACCUUAUCAUCAUCUCUUAUUGAUCCACACAUGUUCAUUUCAUUGAAUCUAUUCAAAAUUUGGGAAAAUUCUUUCGAUCCACAAUAUCAAAUGGUAUCAAGCUUUAACCCAAACAAUGUUAUUACCUACACUAACAAUAUCCGUAGUUGGAUUGAAAAACUUAUUUUAGAUUUUAGCCAAAUUAAACAUAAUAUCAACCAUCAAAUAUCAACCCAAUUAAAAAAUCUAUAUAUUAUUCGUGAUACAUUUUCAAAAACAAAUCAAUUAAUUUUAUUAAGCGAUGAACAACUCCAUCAACUUGUUGCAUCAAAGGAAAAUGAAUACCUUCCAAUCAAAACAUUUGUUUCCGAAAUUGAAAAGAUUUGUUUAUCAAAAAUUCCGGAAGACUAUCUUGAUAAAUCAGUCAAAGAUUGUAUUGGGUUUUUAAUUGCAAAUAAAUAUGAAACAGAAGAUUCAACUGCAGAACUUUUCAACAUUUACGAUCAACUAAUAGAAAACUGGGUGAUCAUCAAAGACAAAUUAACAAUCGAUGUAUGCAGAAGAGGAUUGUACGCUGAAAGUGAAAUACCAGAGAUUACAAUUGAUACUCCCCUUUUAGCAUUGGUUUCAGAUGGUAAAUCAGUUGGUUGGUUAAAAAAUGUAAUUGACAAAUGGUUAGAAAAUACCCAAGCAUCAAUCAUAAACUCCUGCUUAACCAACAAUAACCUUUCACCAGUUAUUCAAUCGAUUGUCGAAAGCUUUGGAAGAGAGAACAAAUUUGAUAUUGCAAAUAUACCAUUAGGUGUCGUUGAUGAAAAUGUUUUACUUGGUUCAAGUUAUUCCCCAGAAGAUUUCUAUAACUUUUGCCAUCUUCAAAUCGCACAAUUCUUUUCAUAUAACAAACAUAAAUUUGAAUCAUCAAUCGAUUGGGGUUCAUUUUUAAACAACUUGACAAUAACAUUUAUCUAUGGAAAAGUUGCUGAAGGUCAAUUAAAAACUUAUGGUGGUAAAUUCCCAUGUAUCCAACCAGUUGGAACAUCUAAUGAUCAAGACUCAACACUAAACAGCACUGCAUUCUCCGAACCUGAAUUUAUUAAAGAAUUAAAAGAUUUAGUUAAAAUUCAGAAGAUUUCAAAAUUAAAAAUAGAUUUAGAUAAGAGUGUAGAAAUCAAACUUAGAACGAGAUGUAAAUCAAAAUUAAAUCAGUACCAACUAGAAACAAUUGCAAGGUAUUUAAUCGGCCUAUUAGCAAAGAUCAACAAUCAUUCAGAUAUAACCAGUAUUUAUGAAUCAAAUUUAAUAUCAUUCUAUCCAACAGAUGAUUCAAAAUUAGAUCAUACUAUUAAAGAACUUUUACCAUUGGUACAAAUUAAAAUGGUCUCAUCAUUCACCAAAACAUUUAUAAGUACAUACUCUGGUUUUAGAUAUUAUUACUCAAGUAUUAUGGCAGAUCCAAUCGAAACAAAUCCCAAAUAUUUCGAUCAAUUUAAAUCCAUUCAAGAUAAAAUAUUAAAAGAUUGUUAUGAAAAAGAAAAAAUUAAUAUCAAAAGAAUAAAUAUGUGGAUUGAAUAUAUUAGUCAAGCAAUUCAAAAGAUUUGUAACAAUGACUCUAAAUUCUUUAUUUCAAAUUCACAACCCGACCACCCACUUUGUAAGCUAUUCAAAAAACUAUCACUCUCAGAAAUAAGCUCUCCCUCAGCAUUAUUUAAUAUUUUUAAUGAAGUUAAAACUGAAACCCCUUUUAACUAUUUUGCAACAUUUAUGGGUACACUUCAGGACACAUUAUCAACUCUCUAUAUCAAACUAGACAGCAAAGAAUCAACCAAUGAUAUCAUCGUUGAAUUUGCUGAGCUUACUGAAAAAGAUUUAGAAAACAUUAUUAUAAAAAAAAGACCCCCACCAAAGAAAAAGAAGACCAGAGCAAAUAAAAACAAACCAUCUAUAAAUACCUAUCAAAAUAAAAUAGAAACUGAAAUCAUCCAAAAAGAAGAAAUCGCUGAAAACAACAAUCAAAAAGAUUUAAAUGAUGAAGUCAAUGAAGAAGAUGAUGAAUCAUUAUCCAUUGGUAGAAGAUUGGUCUCAAAUAAUGGCCUUGAUUUCUUAAUCAACAUAUUCAACCUUAUCAUCUUUAAUGGCUUUGAUGUCUUUAACAUUGAAUAUACUUCGAAACUUUACCCAUAUAUUCAAAUGUUUAAGAAAGAAGUCAACAAUAAGAUCAAAGAUCCAUUUGAUAUAGAUCCAUUCUUUGAUGUACUAAAGGACCAAAGCCCACUAUUAAAUCAAGUUACAAAAGAUAACCCAAUGAACCCAUAUAUAAUUCUAUAUGAAAUUUUAAACACUUUCGAAUAUAAUGGUUGUAAAGAAUCAGUUGCAAAGAAAUUAUUUGACGGAGAAACUAUUGAUAUCUGUAGCAAAUGUAAAAAACCCUCUAUACCAUCAAAAAAGCAAUUCAAUUUUUCUAUAGAUGUCGAAGAAACUUAUCUUGAUGAUGAAAUUUUAAAUGAAAUUAAAAACAAAUUUGAUUCAUAUUCUCUUAAAAACUGUGACAAAUGUAAAAAUAAAAGUUUCACCUAUAAUUUCCUUCAUGUUGUUCCAGAAUGUCUUUCAAUUGAAAUCAAUAGAAUCCAUAAUGGGGAUAUCAAGUAUAAAAGAUUCAAUAACCCUAAAGAAAUAGAUCUUACCAGUUGUUUCUAUGAAUGCAGUAAUGCUAAAUACUAUCAUCAUUCAACCCUUAUGAAUGAUGGAUCAAUUCAUAUUAGUUCUAAUAACAAAAUAAUCAGAUCAACUAAUAAAUCACAGUUUAGCUAUAUUGAUGAAAAUGAACGUUAUAGAGAAGAACCAUUAAUCAGCACAUUAUUAAUUUAUAAAAAAUAUAACAGCCCAAAUAGCAAUGAUAAUAUUAACAAUAACAAUAGCAACAAUAAUAGUGGAAAUGAAAAUGAUAAUGAAAACAAAUUCAACAAUAAUGAAGAAACAAACCUCCCAAAACUAGACUACAACAAUUCUGAAAACCUAACCAUAGAUCAAGUUAUAGAACUUUAUGAUGAUCACCUUUUAGUGUGGUUGAGUAAUUUAAAAAUCGAUAGCCAACAUAUUAUUUCCAUUACCAAACUCUUCGAGAAAAAAGAAAUUACAAAAUUCUCUCAUAUUCUCUACUUAAAUGAUGAUGAUUGGAGAGAAAUCAUCCCAUCCAUCCCAUUAAGACUUGCAUUUUUUAAAUACUUAAAAUUUAUUAAAGACUAA